UGGAGUGUUCAAUUUCUAUCGCUUCUUCCUUCACUCGGGACCUCUUCCUCCUCCUCCUCCUCCUCCUCCAUUUCCUCCUUCCUUAGCUGCAGCAAUUCUCUUGGAAGAGGGAAGGGAAGAUGGCUGCAGACGUCAGCUCCACGGUCGGGUACAUGAGCGGGUUCAGCACGGAGGAGAGCAAGCGCGCCAGAGGAGGAGGCGGAGGAGGGAACGAGAAACCGACGGCUCUCGUCACGCGGGACUUGCUCGGCGGGCUGCACGAGAUCGAGUCCCGCGACCUCGACCUCGACCUGCAGGUGCCCGCCGGCUGGGAGAAGCGUCUCGAUUUGAAGUCAGGAAAAAUCUACAUUCAAAGGUGUAAUUCACUGAGAUCGUCGCCUCCAUCCUCGUCCGAUCACAAGCAGCAAGCCGACCAAACGCUCACCAGGCUCCAAGACUUGAACUUCCCGCCCUCACCAUCAAAACCCUUGCUGAACCUAUUUGAUGAGUCUUGCUUAGACUUGAAGUUGAUGUCGUCGCCGUCGUUGCCUUCGUCCUGCAGCUACCAGAGCGUGUGCACUCUCGACAAAGUGAAGUCCGCGCUAGAGAAAGCAGAGCGAGAACCGUUCAAGAAAGGCUUGCCAGCCCAUUGGAGAUCGCCGUCGUCCUCAUCGUUAUCGCCUUCUAAUUCGUCCUCGUCGUCUUCGAUCAGAGAAAAGAACCGAGAGGCGAACGACGAGAAGGUGUCGCCAACUACAGUGGCUGCAGGAUGCCCAACUUGCUUGCUCUACGUGUUAAUCUCGACAAGCAAUCCAAAGUGCCCGAGAUGCGACAUGAUGGUACCGUUGCCGAGCUCAAAGAGACCUCGGAUCGAUCUCAACAUGUCGAUAUGAGGGGGGAUCGUGUUCUCAAGGAUUCAAUUUGUAAAUGAUGGACGAGAUGGGUCUUCCUUUUAGAUAUAUUUGUUCAUGUUUAGCGGGAGGUUAGUGCAGUAGCGCCGGUAAAUUUAGCCUUUGAGCAUGUGCUGUGCUGCUUAGCCAUGGGAGAUAGGAUUAUAUCGCAGAGCAAGUUGUUUAUUCGGACUCUUUCUUUUUUCUUUUUUCUAUGAUUCGGAACUCGUAGCAUGUAUAGGUGCAUAGUAAGUCGCCGCGAAUUUCAAAAGUAGUAAAUAUUUCUGUCGAUUUUCUGAA